AUGUUCAACCUUGCCAACAACAGCAAGCUGCGCGGCAUCGGCUACCGGGUGCUCAACGUGCUGCGGCCGUGCAACAUCAUCUCGCUGCUGGCCGUCACGGCAGCCAGCUGGGUCAUGGUGGUCAUGACGGCCAUUCGGGGCCAGUUCUUCUUCUUUGACGCCAUCGCCCACGUCUUCAUCUCGUCCGUGGCCAUGUUCCUCGUCCUGACCGAGGUGCAGUUCGGCUUCCUCAGCCGCUACUUUGCCCACUCCUGGCCCGUCUUCAGCAACCGCGACGGCUUCCUCUGGCUGGGCCUCGCCAUGAUCGUCCUCGGCUGCGACAUGCUGGCCAACCUGAACAAGCCGGCCUUUACGGUCGCCAACCUGGGCCUGCCGCUGUGGCGCCUCAUCCUGGCCGCCGGCAUCCUGUCCAUCACCUUUGGCACCGCCAACCUGAUCGCCACCGUCGUCUUCCGCGACGGCCCAGCGCGCCUGACCGCGCGCAUGAUCCGCGCUGACGGCAACCUGGCCGACGGCGGAAUGCUCGGCACCGCCAUCAGCAGCAGCGACAUGCGUGACUACUACUCGACCCGCAGCAACAGCCUGAAGCGCAUCAACACAACCCGCUCCACCAAGGAGGACGAGUCGCUAUACCCGCCCACCGACAGCGGCGGCGGCUUCGGCGGUGCUGCCGCCAACCGCUUCAAGCGCAUGACCCAGGUCUUCACUCGCAAAAACCCCCUCGCGGCCGCCUCCAGCGACAGCAAAAAGAUGCAGAUCAGUGCGCCCAUUCCCGUCGGCGCCGAUGCCUACGACAACGCUCGCGGCGACAGCUAUUCCCAUACGGCCGACGUCGACGUCGAACAUGCCGCUGCUUCCUCUGCUGCCAGCAACACCGACUAUGGCAGCUACCGCGAGGACCGCGCCAGUCCUAUCCUGCCGGCCGUACGUCGGCCACCCACUGCCAUGCACCCGGCCAUGAAUGGCCACUACAGCGUGGCCGACAUGUCGCAGUUCUAG